UGCAGGGGGCGGUGCUCGGGCGGGAGGCGCGGCCGGCGGGGGUGCUGGAGCGGCGAGCGGGACAUGGCCGAGGCGGCGCUGCCUCCACCCGUGGCGGUGCCCGAAGGAGCACCCGGCGCCGAGUCCCAGAGGGUCCGCGGUGGGAGCGAGGGGUCGGGGCCGCCGGAGUUGCCCGGCGGCGACACGCGGGAGCUUCUGGAGGAGGUGGAGAUGCAGAUCGGCGACGCCGCCUUCUCGCUGGCGAAAAUCCUGGAGGCGACUUCGGCCGUGUCGGCCCAGGUGGAGGAGCUGGCCACCAAGUGCUCGGAGAACGCCCGGUUCCUAAGGACGUGGCGGGACCUGCUGCGGGAGGGGUACGAGUCCCUGAAGCCCAGCGGGUGAGGCUGGGGCUGAGCCAGCCCCGCCGGGUCACGCCGAGCCGCCCGCUCGUGUCGGACUGCAGCGGGGUUCCUUUUAAACCGCCUUCUUUAGGGAAUUCACGCCGAGUUUUGUUUGCCCUCAGCAGCUCCCCGUGAGCCCGGAUUUUUCUUAGAAAUACUUGACGAUUCGUGUGGAUGUUUUAUGUAAAAAAAAAUCUUUGUUUAGAGAAUAAGUUUUGACUUCUAGACUCCUCGGUGCAGCUCAAGCGAUUUCAUACUCUCCCGCCUUUUUUUUUUUUUUUUUUCCUUAUGCUAACGUGGUAGAUACAAAGUUAGUAUGUGUGGUACAUUCAGAACUCAUUAUUUGUGGGGAAGUGAUGUCCUGUGAGGAAGUAUUGUCAGCCCUCCUUUUUAGAACUGUCACCAGCAGAAACCUUGCCAACUUCAGAGAGACUUGAACUCACUUCAUUUUUUCUAUGCACACUUUUUCUUCAUGUUGAGUAAUGGAUAAUAUGGCAAGUUUUGGCUUAUUUGUGAGCUUUAGAAAAAUCCUGUAUCCCAGACCUUACUAUUUUUAGCAGUAUUGCAAUGUAUGUCUAUAAAACUGCAGAUUUUUUGCAAGAAGUUUUAUUAUUGCAAACUUUUUUACAUUAUCUUUUGUUGUAAUAAAGUGCCUUAUGAUGGACCAUAUAUCUCUGCGUGGUAAAAGUUUGACAGCAUUGUUUACUGACAGGAUGGAUUACUUUGAACUGUAAGGAAAAGCUUCCAUCAGUUAGAAAAGAAUCUGCGACAGGAAGCACCUCAGAGCUUUUUCAGUAUUUGGUCCUAUUUUUUUAUCUUUGCCUUAAGCAGUUUCUAGUUUGUUAGUCUAGACCUUACUGUUAUCAGAACCUUUUGGUCUGAAAGAACACUAAUCUGUAACUGAAACUCCUGUGCCACACAGAGCACUGUGAAAAAAAGUAAUGCUGAAAUACAAGGGCAGGCUGCAGGAUAACAUGACUCUACCAUGAUUUAUUAGUUGGCUUUAUUUUUACUGGUAGGAGUUUUAGAAAGACCAACUGUAGUUUGCUUAUCAAAACAAUAAAGAUGUUACAAAAAUUCUGAA